CGGUGCCCGCGCGGCCGCCAGUCCCCGGAGCGCCGGCCCGCCCGCCGCACUCGCAUGCGCGCCCACCACUAGCUCGCCCGACGAGUCCUUGCUAUUGCGUGUUACAUGACCGAAGCUGCGCGCUACUCAGACGCGAUCCUUUGCGACCCAAGUGGACGAAGCUUACGCUCGAGGCGUUGGCAGAAAUACUCCUACUGAUAAAAUCGCGUUUGUGUUUACGCGCCUAGAAAGUCAGAGAAUUAGUAGCGAGUUCAGAGCAGCCGAUUUAGGUCGCCCGGUUCAGUGCUAGCAGCGAGAUAUUUUUAUUGCCACUGUUGGGUGCAGACGUACGAGCGCCUGAACACGUUGCUGGUCAAAUAAAUUAUUAUUUAUAAAGUAAAAUCGUAAAUUCAUUCCAUAAACUUUUGCGUGUGUGUGUGUGGUUGUUCCUAGUUUCCUUUAUGUCGGGUGCAAUCCUGUUACGAGACGUGGCAUUGACUGCGUGAGAGAGGAGGAAUGUGACGAACUGUUGUCGUUAACAGCAUUUAGGUGAAAUCUUUGACAUUUGUAAAGUGCAUUUGUGUGUGUUGUUGUGAGGAUGCAUCAUUUGUAUCCUCUGGCGAAGGGCGACCCGCUGUGCCCGCUGGGCUUCCACCCGCAGGUGCGGUGGCCGACGCGCUGCAAGCGUUGCUUCCGCGACUACAAGGAGCACGGCGGGGUGCGCAAGAAGGAGGAUGACUUCACAGUGUCCACGCCCAGCCUCUCCACUUGGAACACGCCGUCGUCACGGAGUCGUGAUGAAGACAAUGGUGUGGAAGUGGAGAAGGCGGGACGAGGUUGGGCGUCCAGCACCAACCUCAGUACCCUCGACAGCUCCAAGAAAGACGCCUUCUCCACAGGGUUCACAAGAACCAGUGCAUCGUGGACGUCGACGCCGGACCUGGGGGCUAACGAGACCGAGAGCACGAACGCUGUCACCGUCAGCCUGAAACUGCCCAAGCGGCGGCUCACGGGACCACUGCCGUCUUUGGAUACGGGGCAAAAUAGUACUUCAGACACGGUGACGCUGCGACGACCGUCGCCAUCUCCUCCGCCGUCGACUGCACCGGUGCAGACACCCAUUACUAUAAGCAAGAACGACUCGCUAGCUGAACGCGUGCGAAAGAUGCAGUUAAUCAAAUCACAAAAUAGUUUUGAAAAGGAAUCAAGUAUAGAAAAAGAUAGAGAAAGACGAAGUUUAUCAAGAAGUAAAGAAGCUCAUCAUGAAGACAAACCUACUCGACCUAAAGAAGACAGAAGUUCGACGAAGGACGAUGUUAACUUUAUGAUGCAGGUGAAGAGUUCUCGCACAUCAGCAAGCUCGAAGCCUCCGGUUCGCGGCGGACCUUCACGAGAUAGAGACGAGUCCGAUGAUGACACCAGCACUACAGGCACUGUCACUACCGAGACCACACUCGUUGAUGUUAACGUUAAGGAGUAUCAGGAGCAGAUAGAGAGUUUGAAACAAGAGGUGGACACGUUAAGGAAACGUUGUGAGAGGGUAGAGAAGGAGAAGAGUGACAUAUUGUUACGAAGGCUGGCGAACAUUGACUCGGUGAACAAGUACAGUACAGGCAGGUCCUCGGAAGUGCUGAAGCUGCAGCAGAAGGUCAAUGAGCUAACAUCACAGAAUGAAGAUCUGAAAGAUGAGAAGAAACAUCUCGCGUUACGAGUUCGGGAGGUGGAAAGUGAACUUGAGUCUCGUCCGUCAGUGGAAGCUCAAGCCCGGCAAAUAGAACAGCUUCGUGCGAAGCUGCUGGCUGCUGAGACUUUGUGCGAGGAGCUGAUGGACGAGAACGAAGACAUGAAGAAGGAGCUCAGAGACCUAGAGGAGGAGAUUGAGGAAAUGCAGGAUAACUUCAGAGAGGACCAAGCAGAUGAAUACUCAUCACUCAGAAGAGAGUUAGAGCAGACCAUUAAGAAUUGUAGAGUUUUAUCGUUUAAGUUAAAAAAGACUGAAAGGAAAGCUGAUCAGCUUGAACAAGAAAAAGCUGAACACGAGAAGAAACUUUUAGAGAUAGUAGGCGGCCAAGACGGGUUACAGCGUGAGAACCGCAUCAAGGACUUGGAACAAGAAGUGGCGCGGUCUACGGAGGUCGCGUUACGGCUGCAGAGGGAACUCUCCGAGGCCAACGCGAAGCUUGCAGCAGCUUCGGGAACUCCCACUGCCAACCUUAAGAAGAACCAACUUACUGAUGGGAAAGUGUCGCGAUCGUCGCUGACGCGUGGCGGUAGCCAGGAGGACCCGGCGCAGUUGCUGCGAGACCUGCAGGACUCCUUGGAACGUGAGGCUGACCUCCGCGAACAACUGCGCAACGCUGAAGAUGAGGCAAAUAAUUUACGUAAAACUGCGUCACGAGUCGAGGACGACAAUGAGUCCUUGCUUCUACAGCUGAAGAAAAUGGCUACCAAAGCCAGAAGUCGUAAGCUGUCACCGACACCUCCAUCAAAUAAACUCAAUAUUGAUGUUAAUGAAAAAGAUGGAAAAACUGAUGAAGAAGAUGCAGCUGAACUACGACUUUUACUUGAACUUAAUGAACAGGAAGCAUCAGUUUUGCGGCGGAAAGUUGAAGAAACGGAACAGGAAAAGGAUUCCUUGAAGAAACAAGUUAAAGAGCUUACUGAUAAAAUCGCCAGUCAAUCUAAAACUAAUUCAACAGUAACACUUCGUAGAACAACUAAUUCGAAAGCAAACAACUUGGCAGAAGAAAAAGUCAAAGUAUUAGAAGAUGAGAUUGCAGAAUUAAGGAAAAAACUUAUAGAAAAAGAAAGAGACUGCGAAAGGUUACAUGCCGAACUCAGCUUAUCAAAGAAACCGAAAGCUUCACUUAUAAAGAGCAAGUCACUCGAUGGCGAUCAACAAAAUGUGGACUUGAAGAGACAACUUCAAGUCAUAGAACAAGAGGCAAAUGUUCUACGUUCUAAGACACAAAGUCUAGAAGCAGAUAACGAAAAACUGCAAUUAGAAAACAAAAAACUACAGCUAUUGAAGAACGCAAAAACACUAAAAUCCGACAAGUCAAUAGAACAAAAUGCAUCUAAAAUAACGCAGUUAGAAACGGAACUAAAAGAAGCUUUAGCCAAAUUAAAAGAAGUUGAAAAUAAUAAAGACGACAAAACUGAGAAAAAAGUCAGAUUCGGUGGAGAAAUAAAUAGUAAAAAAGACGCUGACGCGUUAAAAUCAAAACAGGAAGAAUUAGAUAAAUUGAAACUCAACUUUAAUAAGCUUGAAAAAGAAAAAGCUCAAUUACAAGUUGCAUUAAAAGCAUUGAAAGAAGAUGCGAUUAAAUCGUUCAGACCCAGAGUUCCCAAGAAACCAACUGAUUUAACUACAAAACUACAAAUGAAAAGAAUGGUUGAGGAUUUGGAAAGUGAAAUCGGUGAAAUGUAUGUCAUUAUGAAAAACGCAGGACUUUCUGGAACUGAAAUCAAUACUAGAGCUCAAAUGGAGAAAGAUAUUGAAGAUAUAAGAUCCAAAUUAUCCAGAAACGAUUCCGAAUUUACAAACGAGAAGAAUCGAUUACAAACUGAAAUUGCUAAACUAAAGGAUCUCAACGCAAAGUUAGAAACUGACAAGACAGACAUUAAUAGCAAAUUAAAAACACUGGAAAAAGACAAUAGUAGCAUAUCUAGUCAAAUCAAAACGCUACAAGAAGAAAAGAAGAGUUUAGAGUCACAAAUUAGUAAACUGAAUAACGAACUGAAAAAUGCAACAUCACUGCAUACGACUAUGUCGGACUGUAUGAAGAAAAUAGAGGAUCUGAAAACAGAGAUAGAUGUAAAAGAUAAAGAGAUUGAUAAGUUAAAGAAACAAGUAGAAGUUGUAAAUAAAUUAGAACAAGAUAAACAAAAGUUGCUCAAAGAGGUUGGAGAUAAAGCUAAAAAGAUAGGUGAGUUAGAAAAGAAAUUCAAAGAAGCGGAGGACAAAUGUAAACGAACUGAAAAGCAACUAGCAGUUCGUAAAGACAAAGUAGCUAAAUUAGAAAAAGAGGAAGAUGCCUUACGAGAUACAUCAAACCAGAAAUACGACGAAGCGAUAUCGUCAGUAGAAAUGGCACAAAUGCAAGAUAAAUUAGACAGAACAUCUAAAGAACUUGAAGAUAAACAGGAAGAAUUAGCAAAUGCCAAACGAGAUCUAGAAAAGACUGAGAAAGAAUUAGCUGCAAUAAAAUCCGAAAUGUCGCAAUUAAAAUCAAGUAUAUCAAAAUUAGAGAAUGAGAAAAAAGAGCACGAGAACAAAUUACAGGCAGAAAAGAAAGAAUCUAGCUACUGGGAGAGUAAGGCUUCGGAAUUGGAAACUGAUUUACAGGCUGAACGCAAGAAACUGGAGCGUAUGCGCAAGGCACAUGACGUAGAUAUAAAGAACAAAGAAGCAGAAUUAGCUACACUUAAAGGAAAACUAAAAGUAUUAGAGCAAUCGUCCGGUGCAGGAGCUAAGAAGAUUUCUGAUCUCAAGCAGGAACAUGAAGAAGCAGUUAAAAAAUUGGAACACUCUCUUGCCGUUGAAAAGGCAGAGUACGAAGAACUAACGGGUAAAUACGAAAUAUUGGAAGAAGAGCACGUUGUCACUAAAGCCAGGCUUACAGUUGAAAAAGAGCAGGCACAGGGUGAGUUAAUACACGUCCAAAAAGAACUGACCGCUGCAUUAGCUGAAAUCAAAACCCUCACAGACAACUAUGAAACUCAGUCGUCAGCAUGGACGAAAGAAAAGACUGAAAUGCAGAACACGAUAUCUUCGCUACAAGAUCGAUUAUGCGGCGGAGGCUGGGAAGUGGAACGAGCUCGGCUUAACACUAAGCUGGAACAGAGAGAACGCGAGCUACGGACGGCACAAGACCAGCGAGAUGUUCUGCAGCAUCAUCACGACAUGGCCAAGAAAGAGUUGGAGGAAGCCAAGAAAAAACUGGAAGACUACGAGAGAGUCUCUAAGGUACAGAGGACUUUGGCAAGUGAAAAUUCCGAGUUGGAGAGAGAAUUGUCUUCUCUGAAUACGAGACUUGAAAAAGCUGAUGUAUCCAGAAAGCAUGAACUUGCAGAGAUGAAGGUUAGAUACGAAGGCCAGAUGAACACCAUGAGAGACGAACUCAAGUCUUUGCACAACCAGGUAUCGAGAUUCAGGCGGGAAAGAGACAACUAUAAACAAAUGCUGGAUGCCGCUCAGAAAACGAUGACCGAAAUGAAGAAUGGUGACAAGAAUGCAAGAACACCCAGACUUUCGAUAUCUAGUACUGAUGAAGAGGAGUACCGCAACAAAGUGGCAACUCUGGAGCAGCAAACAGCGUGCUUGGAAGAUGAACUGUGUGAGGCUAGACUAUUGGCUUCCAAACUUAACACAGAACUCAUUAGCGAACGCUCUGCGGCAGAGGUCCGCUUCUCAGAAAUGCAGUCUAGAUUGAAUGAGUAUGAAGAAGAAAGAUUGCUAUCGUCUGGUCGAGCGCGUGUGGCGGGAUUGGCGACUCGUAUGGAGCUAGCGUGGCACAAGGAACGAGACGAACAGCAGCGAUUGUUACAAGAGACCUCUACACUCGCCAGGGAUCUUAGGCAAACGCUCUUCGAGAUUGAACGUGAAAGAGAGAAGGAAAGGUUAGACAUGAAGAGAAGAAUAGAUCAAUUGAAGAGAACAACAGAAGAAGAAACCGAAGAGGCUAAGAAGAAGGUGACAGAGUUGCAGUGUGAUUUGCUGGAGUUGCGAGACGCGCAUGCUAAAUUGCGUACUGCCAAUGAGAAGCUACGUCGCGAUAAGGAGCGUCAUGACAGGGACCGCGAUCAGAACAAACUGCUUGUCGGGUCACUCAAACGUGCGCAACAGGAGGAUGACAGAAUAAUAACGCAACUCCUAGAAACAAUAGACGACCUAAUGAAGCAGAGUCCAGAACUAUUCCGCAAUGAGCCGCCUGUUAAACCGGAGAAGAACUUGGUCACUCCUACACCGCCAAGACGAAAUAGGUCAUCGAAGUCUCGAUCUCGGUCGGCAACGCCAGAAAGUGGUGCGAACGGCAUAGAAGCCGCGUCUACUGCGGCGCGGCUGCGGCGCCUCACCGACGAGCUGCGAGCGUCGCGCAUCGCAGAGCGACAACGACGACACCAGGCCACUGCUAGAAGAGCAAUGUCGACGGAGCCCCGGGACACGCUAUCAGUGUCACCGGCCACGCGCACACCAUCCCGUGCUCCAUCACUCAAGAAGCGAUCUAUAUCCCUCGAGCAGACUACUAAAGAUCAAAGCUUGAUAUGGAAAUCCGUCGACGAAAGCAGCGUGUCGUCGAUGCAGUCGCUAGACGGAGAUGCGGAUAACCGUUUGUUCACGAUGCAACGUGAUGCUAGCCUUGACAGUCGACUAUCCGGUGGAUCAGCCCAAAGCGAAGUGCUUCCUUCCGAGAAAAAGAAAAAAAAGAGUAUCUUCGGCAAAUUGAAGAAACUGACCAAGUCCCGCUCUAUUGACGACCAAGUGCACACCCACGACAGCACGGAACAUGUGGAAUUCAGACCUAUUGGCACCGUUUCUCAGGGUUCAGAUUCGGAUAUGAGUGCAGCAGGGAGCAAACGCGACUUACGAGGGCGCCUAUCCGAUAUAUUCAGCAGAAAAGGGCAGAUGUCUCGAACAAACAGCAAAGAGUUGAGCCCGGAGCGGCCGGCGAGUGCAAUGGGCGGUAUGAUGAGCUCCUCGUCUCGGCCGCCUCUACGAAACGCCAGCAGCACCACACUGACCCGCGCGUCUCCAGCUAAACCGAACGAAGUGCCAAGGCCAGCGAGCGCCACGCCAGCGGCAAAGAGGAAAGGGAAAUAACUGAUACUAUAAAGAUUCGCUUCAUUAUAGUGUAUUUAUCCAUUUUCCUAUGAUUUUUCCACAUAGCUUGUAAUAUCACAAUACAUAUCAAUAAAAUAAAUUAUUCUGUAUAACUAUCGAUAGAAUACUACCAAUCUAUGAGUCUAGCCAUUCUAUUGAACUGUUGAGUACUAGUUAAAGCGGAUUAAGAACUUUAGCCCGGAUAUCGAUAGUUAUGCAUGUCUGAUUUCCGCCGUCACAAUAUAGUUAUGCGAACCGUGACGAGACCUAAUUCCUUACGUCCUUAGUUUCCUUGUGAGCAUAGCGUACACUCGCAUUCUGGCGUACUCAUAAACGUCCAGAAUUCGAUUAGCAGUGCUAAUGUUUUAGUUAUGUACUUUGUAACUUUAUAAUAAAGCUGUUGAAUUAAA